AUGAGUAGACAAAUUGCCACGCCUGUUAAAUUUCGUCCUAUACCGAACUCUAGCGGUGAAGGCUCCGCCGCGGCCACCGUAAUAGAAGAGCACCCGCUCCACAUUCUAUGGCGACACCAGAUUCUCGACCCGGACUCCGACCUCGUAGCUGUAUGGAACCACAUCUUCCUCGUAGUCUGCAUCGUCGCGCUCUUCAUCGACCCUCUCUACUUUUACCUUCCUUACGUCGAAGGCGACGCCUGCCUCUCUACGGACCACCGCCUCGCCGUCAUUGUUACCUUUAUCCGAUCCUUCACCGACCUCUUCUACCUCUUCCACAUGCUCAUCAAGUUCCGCACUGCCUUCAUCGCACCCAGUUCUAGGGUUUUCGGCCGUGGCGAUCUCGUCAUGGACGCAAGGCAGAUCGCCAUGAGGUAUCUCAAGUCCGACUUCGUCGUCGAUCUGGCUGCCACUCUUCCUAUACCCCAGAUUAUUAUCUGGCUGGUGAUUCCGGCAACACAGCAUUCCAGCGCUGAUCAUGCCAACAACACACUAGCUCUUUUCGUGCUUAUUCAAUAUGUUCCUAGACUGUUUCUCAUAUUUCCUUUGAAUCAGAAAAUUGUAAAGACCACUGGGGUUUUAGCCAGGACUGCCUGGGCUGGAGCUGCAUACAAUUUGCUUCUUUUCAUGCUAGCCAGUCAUAUAUGUGCAGCCAUCUUUUACGUAUCUGCCAUCGGGCGGCAAUCCUCUUGUUGGAAAGAGCAGUGCAGUGCAGAAAAUGAAGAAAAUGUUGUGUCUUGCCUCAGUAGUUUCUUGGAUUGUAAGAGUUUGGAGCUACCAGAACGGAAGUAUUGGGCCAAUGUCACCAGAGUAAUAAAAAACUGUGAUUGGAAUGAUGAAGAGAUCGAAUUCAAGAUUGGAAUCUUUGGGGCUGCAUUCAAGAGUGGAGCCGCAAAGUCGAGCUUUAUUGAGAAGUACUUAUUUUGUUUCUGGUGGGGUUUAAGAAACUUAUGCUCAUACGGACAGACUAUGAUGACGAGCACAUUUCUCGGCGAGACAUUGUUUGCCCUUAUCUUGUGCCUUUCUGGUCUAAUAUUGUUCUCACUAUUGAUCGGCAACAUGCAGACUUAUCUACAAUCGAUGUCAAUAAAACUUGAAGAAUGGAGGGUUAAACAAAGAGAUACUGAUGAGUGGAUGAGGCAUCGCCAGUUACCUGAACCCUUGCAAGAACGUGUUCGUCGAUUUAUGCAAUACCAAUGGAUUGCGACACGAGGAGUUGAUGAAGAAUCCAUAUUGCAUUCAUUACCCGUCGACCUCUGCCAUGAAAUCCAGCGGCACUUAUGCCUUUCCCUUGUUCGUCGUGUUCCUUUUUUCUCACAAAUGGAUGGGCAGCUUCUUGAUGCCAUAUGUGAGCGCCUUGUCUCAUCCUUGACUAUCAAAGGCACAUACAUAGUUCAAGAGGGUGAUCCAGUAAAUGAGAUGCUGUUUAUUAUCAGAGGGAAACUUGAGAGCUCCACAACCAAUGGAGGGAGGACUGGCUUCUUCAACUCCAUCACUCUAGGACCUGGUGACUUUUGUGGUGAGGAACUACUGACAUGGGCAUUGAUGCCAAGCUCUAGCCUUAACAUGCCUUCUUCCACUCGGACUGUGAGAGCCCUCACUGAAGUUGAAGCUUUUGCACUUCGAGCUGAGGACCUUAAGUUUGUCGCGGGUCAGUUUAAACGCCUUCACAGUAAGAAACUACAGCAUGCUUUUAGGUACUAUUCUCACCAAUGGAGGACCUGGGGUGCUUGCUUCAUACAAGCCGCUUGGAGAAGGUUUAAGAAGAGGAAGAUGGCAAAGGACUUGGCUAUGCAGGAGAGCUUAUACUAUAUGCAUGCACCAGGCCAAGAGGAAGAGGGGUACUACUACGACGAAGAACAAACAAAUCUCUUAAGACCUGAGGAUGGUGAUUGUGGUGAGGGUUCAUCCACAGGGGAUAAAAUAAUUAGCAGUUUCCAGCAUCUUGGGGCCACAAUUCUGGCUUCAAAAUUUGCUGCAAAUACAAAAAGAGGGAUCAUUCAAAAAGCUCAGCUGGUUGAUCCUGAUUCAACUAGUUUGCAGAUGCCUAGGAUGUUUAAGCCAGAUGAGCCUGAUUUCUCUAUAGAUUGA